AUCUCGAUAGAAACAAAGGCACUAAUAAACGUUCUGCUUCAGAAUUUAGUCUGCUAUGAGUGCCACACAUGCUAACUGAAAGCUAAGGAAGCGUAUGAUCUACGGCGAUAUGAUCCAUGACAUAUUAGUGAACCCUGAGUGAAGAAAAGGAAGAUCAUCUGUCUAAAGACAUGGAAAAGCAAGUCACCAGUCAGAACCCAGCAGAUACAGGACAUGAAUGUGUUCCUGUUGAGAACAGCGCACCGACGGAGGAGGAAAGCAAACCUAGUGAAGCUGUUGUUAACAAUUGUGGUGACUGCAAACAAGAGACAAAACAAAAAAAGGAAUCAGCCACAACAAAAGGGACUGCUUCAGAGUUCAGUGAAGGAAUAACACAGUCAGCAAAUACAAAUGAAGACGGAUCCUGCGAGAACUUAGGUAGUGAUCCGGCUCCUUGUCAGGAACAGACAGUUACAGCAGCCACCGCUUUAUCAUCUCAAGGUGUUGACUGCAGCGACACUAUUCAAGAUACAGGACAUGAAUGUGUUCCUUUUGAGGACAGCGCACCGACGGAGAAGGAAAGCAAACCUAGUGAAGCUUCAGAGUUCAGUGAAGGAAUAACACAGUCAGCAAAUACAAAUGAAGACGGAUCCUGCGAGAACUUAGGUAGUGAUCCGGCUCCUUGUCAGGAACAGACAGUUACAGCAGCCACCGCUUUAUCAUCUCAAGGUGUUGACUGCAGCGACACUAUUCAAGAUACAGGACAUGAAUGUGUUCCUUUUGAGGACAGCGCACCGACGGAGGAGGAAAGCAAACCUAGUGAAGCUUCAGAGUUCAGUGAAGGAAUAACACAGUCAGCAAAUACAAAUGAAGACGGAUCCUGCGAGAACUUAGGUAGUGAUCCGGCUCCUUGUCAGGAACAGACAGUUACAGCAGCCACCGCUUUAUCAUCUCAAGGUGUUGACUGCAGCGACACUAUUCAAGAUACAGGACAUGAAUGUGUUCCUUUUGAGGACAGCGCACCGACGGAGAAGGAAAGCAAACCUAGUGAAGCUUCAGAGUUCAGUGAAGGAAUAACACAGUCAGCAAAUACAAAUGAAGACGGAUCCUGCGAGAACUUAGGUAGUGAUCCGGCUCCUUGUCAGGAACAGACAGUUACAGCAGCCACCGCUUUAUCAUCUCAAGGUGUUGACUGCAGCGACACUAUUCAAGAUACAGGACAUGAAUGUGUUCCUUUUGAGGACAGCGCACCGACGGAGAAGGAAAGCAAACCUAGUGAAGCUUCAGAGUUCAGUGAAGGAAUAACACAGUCAGCAAAUACAAAUGAAGACGGAUCCUGCGAGAACUUAGGUAGUGAUCCGGCUCCUUGUCAGGAACAGACAGUUACAGCAGGUGUUGACUGCAGCGACACUAUUCAAGAUGAAAGUUGCGUCACAAAGAACGAACCAUCAGAAUUAACCCCUUCACAAAUCCCGAAUGACAAAAAGGAUAACCAGGUCGAUGAACCGGAACCUGAGCUAAAUGAAAACAUCUCAACCAAGAACAACUCAGAUAAUCAUUUUGGAGAUGCUUCAGAAGAAAGACAGGACAAACCUGAGAGCACAACACAGCACACGCAGCAGUUAGAUGACCGCAGUAAUGAUGUUGAAAACAUCGGUCCUACCACCCCAGAGGCUAGUCAAACUGAAGAGCCACAAGUUACUAGCGAGUUCAGUGAAGGAAUAACACAGUCAGCAAAUACAAAUGAAGACAGAUCCUGCGAGAACUUAGGUAGUGAUCCGGCUCCUUGUCAGGAACAGACAGUUACAGCAGCCACCGCUUUAUCAUCUCAAGGUGUUGACUGCAGCGACACUAUUCAAGAUACAGGACAUGAAUGUGUUCCUUUUGAGGACAGCGCACCGACGGAGGAGGAAAGCAAACCUAGUGAAGCUUCAGAGUUCAGUGAAGGAAUAACACAGUCAGCAAAUACAAAUGAAGACGGAUCCUGCGAGAACUUAGGUAGUGAUCCGGCUCCUUGUCAGGAACAGACAGUUACAGCAGCCACCGCUUUAUCAUCUCAAGGUGUUGACUGCAGCGACACUAUUCAAGAUGAAAGUUGCGUCACAAAGAACGAACCAUCAGAAUUAACCCCUUCACAAAUCCCGAAUGACAAAAAGGAUAACCAGGUCGAUGAACCGGAACCUGAGCUAAAUGAAAACAUCUCAACCAAGAACAACUCAGAUAAUCAUUUUGGAGAUGCUUCAGAAGAAAGACAGGACAAACCUGAGAGCACAACACAGCACACGCAGCAGUUAGAUGACCGCAGUAAUGAUGUUGAAAACAUCGGUCCUACCACCCCAGAGGCUAGUCAAACUGAAGAGCCACAAGUUACUAGCGAGUUCAGUGAAGGAAUAACACAGUCAGCAAAUACAAAUGAAGACAGAUCCUGCGAGAACUUAGGUAGUGAUCCGGCUCCUUGUCAGGAACAGACAGUUACAGCAGCCACCGCUUUAUCAUCUCAAGGUGUUGACUGCAGCGACACUAUUCAAGAUACAGGACAUGAAUGUGUUCCUUUUGAGGACAGCGCACCGACGGAGGAGGAAAGCAAACCUAGUGAAGCUUCAGAGUUCAGUGAAGGAAUAACACAGUCAGCAAAUACAAAUGAAGACGGAUCCUGCGAGAACUUAGGUAGUGAUCCGGCUCCUUGUCAGGAACAGACAGUUACAGCAGCCACCGCUUUAUCAUCUCAAGGUGUUGACUGCAGCGACACUAUUCAAGAUACAGGACAUGAAUGUGUUCCUUUUGAGGACAGCGCACCGACGGAGGAGGAAAGCAAACCUAGUGAAGCUUCAGAGUUCAGUGAAGGAAUAACACAGUCAGCAAAUACAAAUGAAGACGGAUCCUGCGAGAACUUAGGUAGUGAUCCGGCUCCUUGUCAGGAACAGACAGUUACAGCAGCCACCGCUUUAUCAUCUCAAGGUGUUGACUGCAGCGACACUAUUCAAGAUACAGGACAUGAAUGUGUUCCUUUUGAGGACAGCGCACCGACGGAGAAGGAAAGCAAACCUAGUGAAGCUUCAGAGUUCAGUGAAGGAAUAACACAGUCAGCAAAUACAAAUGAAGACGGAUCCUGCGAGAACUUAGGUAGUGAUCCGGCUCCUUGUCAGGAACAGACAGUUACAGCAGGUGUUGACUGCAGCGACACUAUUCAAGAUACAGGACAUGAAUGUGUUCCUUUUGAGGACAGCGCACCGACGGAGGAGGAAAGCAAACCUAGUGAAGCUUCAGAGUUCAGUGAAGGAAUAACACAGUCAGCAAAUACAAAUGAAGACGGAUCCUGCGAGAACUUAGGUAGUGAUCCGGCUCCUUGUCAGGAACAGACAGUUACAGCAGCCACCGCUUUAUCAUCUCAAGGUGUUGACUGCAGCGACACUAUUCAAGAUACAGGACAUGAAUGUGUUCCUUUUGAGGACAGCGCACCGACGGAGAAGGAAAGCAAACCUAGUGAAGCUUCAGAGUUCAGUGAAGGAAUAACACAGUCAGCAAAUACAAAUGAAGACGGAUCCUGCGAGAACUUAGGUAGUGAUCCGGCUCCUUGUCAGGAACAGACAGUUACAGCAGCCACCGCUUUAUCAUCUCAAGGUGUUGACUGCAGCGACACUAUUCAAGAUGAAAGUUGCGUCACAAAGAACGAACCAUCAGAAUUAACCCCUUCACAAAUCCCGAAUGACAAAAAGGAUAACCAGGUCGAUGAACCGGAACCUGAGCUAAAUGAAAACAUCUCAACCAAGAACAACUCAGAUAAUCAUUUUGGAGAUGCUUCAGAAGAAAGACAGGACAAACCUGAGAGCACAACACAGCACACGCAGCAGUUAGAUGACCGCAGUAAUGAUGUUGAAAACAUCGGUCCUACCACCCCAGAGGCUAGUCAAACUGAAGAGCCACAAGUUACUAGCGAGUUCAGUGAAGGAAUAACACAGUCAGCAAAUACAAAUGAAGACAGAUCCUGCGAGAACUUAGGUAGUGAUCCGGCUCCUUGUCAGGAACAGACAGUUACAGCAGCCACCGCUUUAUCAUCUCAAGGUGUUGACUGCAGCGACACUAUUCAAGAUGAAAGUUGCGUCACAAAGAACGAACCAUCAGAAUUAACCCCUUCACAAAUCCCGAAUGACAAAAAAGAUAACCAGGUCGAUGAACCGGAACCUGAGCUAAAUGAAAACAUCUCAACCAAGAACAACUCAGAUAAUCAUUUUGGAGAUGCUUCAGAGGAAAGACAGGACAAACCUGAGAGCACAACACAGCACACGCAGCAGUUAGAUGACCGCAGUAAUGAUGUUGAAAACAUCGGUCCUACCACCCCAGAGGCUAGUCAAACUGAAGAGCCACAAGUUACUAGCGUUCAAUCCCCUCAGUUCUGA